AUGUAUGACAUUCUAGUGGUGAACAAAAAUUACGAUGCCGAGGGGCCGGAUUCCAUUUCAUUACGGGUCGGAGAUCUAGUCGAGGUGCUGGACAUGGGCGAGUCCGGAAAUGCACAUGCAGCAGCAACAGCAGCAGCGGCCAAAACCACAUCAGCAAAGAAACCGAAGCUGGAUCCGCAGCUUAAUGUUGGCAAAACGGAAAGCCUGCUCGAUAGUUCCAUCUCCAAGCACAAGCUGGCAGUCAAACCGAAGAAAAAUCACCAGAGCUCACAUGCAGCGCGGCGAAGCGUGAGCCCCCAGCCACCGCAGUAUCAGCCGAAACCGAACGAAAAGUGGAAAGUACGAAUCUUCGACGGAGACGACAACGCCAAAGCUGGCUGGGUUCCGGUUUCGGUCCUGGACAUCAUGCACACCGAACAGGCCGUUUUCGGCGAGAAAUCCAACGAUGCCUCCUAUCGUCGCGAAGCCGUCGUUCGGGAGCUGGUCGAAACUGAGGAGGAAUUCGCCCGGGAUCUGCAGCUAGUGGUGGACAACUACAUCAAAUUCAUCGACAAUCCGGACAACAAAAUCCCCCGCUCGGUGCGGGAUCACAAGGACGACAUCUUCAACAACUUCCGCCAGAUCGCCGAGUUCCACAACACAGUCCUGAUCGAGGGUGUCAAAUACCACGCGAGCAAUCCGAAGAUGAUUGCCAAAACCUUUCUGCGGUUGGAGCGGGACUUCGACAAGCACGUCCGGUACUGUCGGGAUGCCCCGAUUUCGCAGGAGUUCCUGGCGGCGAACGAUGCAGUGCGGGAUUUCUUCAUGAUGUCACUUUUAUGA